AUGCUAGCACUCAAGGCAGCGUCCAAAAGCGCCCCCGCCGUGUCCCUUCGCUCAAGACACCCAUCACACCUCUCCGUCCGCUUCCUUGCCGUCGUCACCAACGCCGGAAUCCCCAAGAAGUCUAAGGUAUGGGACAACGUAGAAGAAGCCAUUAAAGAUGUCAAGUCGGACGACAUCUUGCUCUCCGGAGGCUUUGGACUCUCUGGCGUUCCAGAGACUCUCCUUGAAGCCUUGGGGAAACGGAAGGACCUCAGGAACCUUGUCGCCGUCUCGAACAACGCCGGCGCGGGCGAACGCGGUCUCGUCCACUUGAUCAAGGCGGGCCAGCUUGACCGUCUCAUGAUGUCAUAUCUUGGAGGAAACAAAUUCUUGGAGUCCGAGUACCUUGCUGGUCGCAUCGGCCUCGAGCUUGUCCCUCAGGGCACGCUUAGCCAACGAAUCAUGUCUCAUGCGUCAGGUAUUCCUGCCUUCCUAACUCCCACCGGUGCCAACACCCUUGUGGAGACUGGCGGGAUUCCCAUCCGAUACAAGGAAGGUGGCUUCUCCUCUGGCGUGAAGGUCCCAGGAAACCCCAAAGAGCACCGCAUUAUCGACGGCAAGAAGUACCUGGUCGAGCCCGGCAUCGCCGGCGAUGUUGCGUUCGUACAUGCAUGGAAAGCGGACACUGUUGGUAACCUGGUCUUCCGUUACGCGUCGAACAACUACAACGGUGCCAUGGCUCGCAAUGCAAAGUUGACUAUCGUCGAGGCUGAGGAGAUUGUUCCUGCAGGUACUUUGUCCCCCAACGCAGUCCACGUCCCCGGCAUCUAUGUCGACCGUAUCGUCAAGGCCACUGCCCCCAAGGAUAUCGAGAUUCUUGCGCUUGCUAAGGACCCCACUGAACAGUCUGCGACCCCUGACCCUGCUGCUGCUGACGCUGCCGCGACUAAAGAUUGGAGGCACCGCAUUGCUCGCCGCGCUGCCCGCGAGAUCCACGAUGGCUUUUAUGUCAACCUCGGCGUCGGAGUCCCAACUCUCGUUCCUGAGCACCUCGAUCCCUCUGUCAAGGUCUGGCUCGAAAGUGAGAACGGUAUUCUUGGCAUGGGCCCCUACCCUACGCGUGAGCAGGUUGAUCCUGAUCUUAUCAACGCUGGCAAGGAAACUUGUACUCUCCUCCCUGGAGCCUCGACUUUCGAUUCUGUAGAAUCCUUUGGCAUGAUUCGUGGCGGCCAUAUCGACGUUACAUGCCUCGGCGCAAUGCAAGUAUCCGGCGCUGGCGACAUUGCCAACUUCAUGAUCCCUGGCAAGCUCGUCAAGGGUAUCGGUGGCGCCAUGGACUUGGUCUCCAACCCCGACAAGACUAAGGUCAUUGCUCUGACCCAGCACGUGGCCAAGGAUGGCCAGUCAAAGAUUGUCAAGGAGUGCUCGCUUCCGCUUACCGGCGCUCGCGCUGUCUCUAUGAUCGUCACUGAUCUCGCUGCAUUCAACGUCGACCGCGUUGCGGGCGUGAUGACACUGAUCGACGUUGCCGAGGGUGUUACAGUCGACGAAGUGAGGGCCAAGACUGACUGUGACUUCCACGUGGCGGACAAGGUUGGCACUUUCUGA